AAUUGUAUUGCCCCCUCCUCUCCUCUCCUCUUCCGCGACAUUUUGUCUCGUUCCUAAGCAGUUUCCACUUUCCAGGAAUGCCGCAGUUGUCACGAAGAGGAAGAGGCUGUUAUUGUUAACGGUUGGAACCGAACCGAACAGAACGGACGUGAUUCAGAUGAAGAACCGGGGCGAUCCUCCGCAGCACAAUAUCCGUUCGAUUGACGGAAUAAUAAGGAGUUAGAUACAGAAUGUAAAAUGCGACCGUUAUUACCGUGAGACAGCUCUCCUGUGGUGCUGUCUCCUCAGCUCUCCUGUGGUGCUGUCUCCUCAGCUCUCCUGUGGUGCUGUCUCUGCAGCUCUCCUGUGGUGCUGUCUCCUCAGCUCUCCUGUGGUGCUGUCUCCUCAGCUCUCCUGUGGUGCUGUCUCCUCAGCUCUCCUGUGGUGCUGUAUCUGGUAGCAGCAUGGUCUACGCCCAAUCAACAGACAGCAUCAAGCCCUCCCUCCUGCCCCUCCUCUUCCCCUCCUUUACCCUCCCCAUGACCUUUAACCUCUCAGACAGGGGCAACACCAGUUCAGCGACACCCUCCAUCUGGAACCACGACGCCCUCUCCUCUUCCUCCUCCUCCUCCUCUUCCUCCUCCGGCCUCCAGAACACCACCCAGGUGUGGUAUGAACUCACCCCAGCGGAGGUGGCUGUUCUGGGGCUGGUGUUCAGCCUCCUGUGGUUGGUGUCCAUCCUGGGUAAUGUUCUAGUGUGUGUAGUGAUCCACCGUAGCAGAAGGAGUCAGUCCACUACCAACUACUUUGUGGUGUCCAUGGCCUGUGCCGACCUGUUGCUGUCCCUGGGCUGUGCUCCCUUCAUCCUCCUCCAGGUGACCUGCGGGGGCUGGCCUCUCAGCGCUGCCGCCUGUAAGACUGUUCGUUACCUGCAGCACCUGUGUCCUGGUGUCCAGGUGUAUGUUCUGCUGUCCGUCUGUGUGGACCGGUUCUACACCAUUGUGUACCCACUGAGCUUCAAGGUGUCCAGGGAGAAAGCGAAGAGGAUGAUCCUGGCCUCCUGGAUGUUGGACGCCGCUUUCGUCUCUCCCUGUCUUUUCUUCUACGGCUCGGAGACGGCGGCGGCGGAGGACGGGGGAGGGCACUGUGACUUCUUCCUGCCGGCGGGAAGCUGGGAAGGUGUUCUGUACGGUUCCGUCCACCUGCUCCUGGGGUUCCUGGUCCCAGCUGUCCUCAUCGUGUGGUUCUACCAGCGCGUGGUCCACUACAUCUGGAGGAUCGGCGCUGACGGACACACGGUCAGGAGAACCAUGAACAUCGUCCCCAGGACUAAAGUGAAGACCAUCAAGAUGUUUCUCAUGCUGAACGUGGUGUUCCUCCUCACCUGGACCCCCUUCUACGUGGUCCAGGUGUGGCACCCUAGUGAGGCCCCGGGCCCCAGCAGACAGGGGGCUCUGGUGUUCUGCUGUGUGGUCUGGGUGUCCUUCAGCUCCGCCGCCUCGAAACCCUCGCUCUAUUCCGUCUACAACGCUAACUUCAGACGCGGCAUGAGGGAGACCUUCUGCACGUCCUCUAUGAAGUGUUACCGUAGCAACGCCUACACCAUCACCGCCAGCUCCCGCAUGGCCAAGAGUAACUACGUGGGCGUGGUGGAUAUCCCCGUGGCGACCAAGACGACGCUCACCAAAGACUCCGUCUACGACACGUUUGACCGCGAGGCCAAGGAGAAGAAGUUGGCCUGGCCAAUCAGAGCCAACCCUCCCAACACCUUCGUCUGACGAGAGGGGAGGGAGACAAGGUUUAACUAUCAAUCAGAGCCGACCCUCCCAACAACCUUCGUCUGACGGGAGGGGAGGGAGACGGGGUUUAACUAUCAAUCAGAGCCAACCCUCCCAACACCUUCGUCUGACGGGAGGGGAGGGAGACAAGGUUUAACUAUCAAUCAGAGCCAACCCUCCCAACACCUUCGUCUGACGGGAGG